CUGCGGACGGGUGACGUCGGUGUCAGCUGUGUGUGUGCGAACGAGUGGUGUUGUCAGAGCGUCGGCGGCCCCGUCCCCGAGAGCGGCCCCGGGAGCGGCCAUGGAGGCAUCGUGAGACUGCAAGUAAAUUAGGAUUGGAAGUAUCUGCUAGCUAAUGGAAGAAAAGGCACAGAGCAAACUCUGCUCAGGUUCAAGAUUGCCAAAAUUUGGUGGUGGAGGCACUAAAUUAACUUCGCUUCCCCAACCUGUACCAAAUGGAACCUGUGUUCAUACUGUCAGCACCUCGAACAGUUCAAAACCUAGCAGCAAGCAGAAUGGAAUUGGCCGUGCAAGUGCCUUUUCUUUCAACUGGAAAAUGUCUGGUAAAACUAAGCUUGAUGAACGUGAAACAGAGGACUCCAGUAGUUCCUUUCCUAACAAGACAGCUAAUGUGGAUUUUGUGGAAGUUGAGAAAAAUUCUAAGGAUGUGAAAGAUCAUACAAAUCUUGGCUUUAAGAGCAAGUCCACUGCCGCAUCCAAGGGUCUAAAACAAAAGCAGAUUGUGUCUUAUGUAGAGGGAAGUAAAAACCUUGUGGCUGAUUUAAACCAUUAUGCAAAAGGAAAGGGUAAGAUUCCAGGAAAGUCAAUCACACCUUCUAACUCAAAGUCUCAUUCAUUCGGUCAUUUUUAUAAAAGGACAAUUGUAAAGGCACCUGAAAAAAGAGAGACUUUCUCUGGUUCGAGCAGUUCAAGAGAUAGCCUUACCCAAUCCACAGAGAGCUUGAAAAACUUGGCAGAUGAGAACAUUGUUAGGUCACAAAGUUUUUCAUAUUCCAUGCCAAGUAACUCUUCUAUCAGUGUUGGAAUACCAAGAUCUUUGUCUUUUUCAAAGGCAGCAGAUGUUUCUGGGACUUGUCUGCAACAGCAGAUAAGAAAAAGCCUUCCUUUAAAACCAAAGGUUCUUUCCUAUGGGAAUGUAAGGGGCACUGAUAGCUCAAGCACAGGUGAAUUAGCAUUCCAGGAUACUUCCAAUAGAUCAUGCUUAAAAGCACCAUCAUCUGCCUUCAAAAGACCACAACUUCCUAGUUGUUCUACAUCUUUGUUUUCCACUUCUUCCUCUGCCUACAAGACAACAAGAUCCUCAUUGAUUAAGCCUAGUAGGUUGCCCUCAUCAGGAAGAGGAAAUCCAAUAUCUGGAACAAUAGAAGAAAUACCUGGGAUUUCGAAGUUUGAAAAUGCAUCAACUCACGAAAAUGGAAAUAAUGAAAAUACCACUGACCACCAAUUAGCCAUUGUGAAUACAACAGAUGAAAAAAGUUUGCCUGAAGAAUCUGAAUCUAGUUCAAAAAAGGAUAUUGAUGAUUUGGUAGUGUUGACAUCAUUAACUGGCUCCAGAUCUAACCAGAAUAAUAAAAGUGAACCUUUUCUUCAUUCAGGAAUUGGAGAAAUUGCUGAUAGUGGUGAUUCUAUUUCAAUAGAAAUUUCUGAUAAUCUGCAAAAACCCAAUGAGUUUAUUACUUCAGAAGGAGCAGAUGAAACUCUUGUUUGUGGCAAUACUGAUACAGAAUGGCUAGAGACGAGCUUGUCUGACCAAUGUAAGGACUUGGAGAAUUUCCAGACCACUGGAUCAAGCAAUGACCUUGUAUCUCAAGAUGACAACUGCCCACUCGGCUCUUCCUCUGAACUUUCUCCUUCCAGCAGCUCAGCUGGUACUUACUUGUGGGAUGAAGAGGGAAUGGAACCAAUAGGCACAGUCGAGCAGUGUGGCAGCCUUGAGUCAUCAGAGCUGAACAGCUUGGAUAUUCUGAAUAACCUUGACUCCUGUGACCUGGAUGAGGAUGACCUCAUGUUGGAUAUUGACUUGCCUGAGGAUUUUCCUUGCAAAAUGGAGGCUUGUGACAGUAUGACUCAUCUGGACAGAUCAGAGAGAGGAAGCAGGAACCAAGGAUUCUGGAGGAAGAGAUAUCCAUGUUGGAGUGGGCAGGAACAUUAUCAUCAUGGAAACAAUGAAUUACAAAGAAGUCCUGUUGGCCAGGAAUCUACAGUUAGCAAUUUUGAAUGGCAUGGCUCUUCAAAUUAUUUCCGAGCUUCCAACAGUCACCCAAGAGCCCACCAGCCUGGGGCAGUGCAGGAGAACACAGUGAUGCUGGAUGUGAUGACACUGCGGCAUAUGGUACAUGAUUGCACAUCUGUAAAAACCCAGAUACUCAAACUGAAACGACUGUUGCAACAGAAUGAUGAUGGUACUCCAAUACAUGAUUUAAUACCUGUAAUAUCACCAACCCAAGAACCAUCUGAGGCCAUGGAUCCUGCAGAAAAGACAGAGGAGCUCCUCAAUGAGAUCAAAGAGCUGCAGGAAGAGAUGAAAAGGAAGGAUGAGAUGAUUACACAGCUUCAACAGAAACUGAGCAUAAAGUGUAAUUGUCAAAAAGAGAGCCAUGACAUAAAAGGAGUAGCGGCUUCAUGUGUUGAUAAGACUACCCAAACUGCCCAUAAAGGAACUCAUCCUCCAGUACUACAGCCUUCCAGCCACAUACUCAGCUCCAGGGACAUCCACGCGGAAAAAGUAGCAAAAACAGUGCAUAUCGAGGACCCCAGUAGGUGUACGGAGCAAGCUUCAUACGAAAACUGCCAAACCAAUCAAAAUGCAAAAGUUACUGAUUCCCCACAGAUGGAUUCAGACAAGCUUAGCUUCCUGUUAACCACACAGUUGAAGAUUGAAGAUUCUGAUGACAAGCUUCCAAAGAGCAAAGUGCACAAUACAGCCAGGCAAAGUCUAAAUAUUCUGCCUAACUUUUCAUCUAAGGAACAUGGUCCUAAUCAGGCUUCUUUGCAACAGAUCUGUAUUGCUGGGCCUUUAGAAUUCGCAGAAGAAACCAUAAAUAAAGACUAUCAGCCCAAAUUUUCCUUCAAACCAUGUCAACCUUCUAAGGAUUUAAAUUUCACAUCCCAGAACCGGUCUUCACGAUUGCAGUCCCCUUCAUCCUUAAAAGCUAGAAAGAAUGCUGCUCCAGUCACUCAAACAGGUCCUUUACCUACAAAAUGUCCAGUUCAACCAACCGGACAUGCCCCAAAAGAAAAGGGACAUCAAUCUCAGCUAAAAAUACCCUUAAACCUAUCAAACCAAAACAAUGAACAAAAGAGAACCUCUAAACUACCACCAUCAUUGUAUUUAUCACUUCUAAAGACUAAGACUGCAGAGUCCUCAAUUGAGUCUGGAUCACCAAUCAGAGAGAUUCAACAUGCUGAGGCAACUGGUCACCAGAAUGAGCCCCACUUUCAGUUUCUACCAAUAAACAAGCCACAGAAACCCCAGUCAUCCCGAAACGACCGCCCUGGAAAGCAGCGUGAAUCCCAGAUAGAGAAAAUUGCAACUUCCAUCAGAUAUUCUCGCCUUCCUAAACCAAAGAUGCAUGUGUCCAAACCCUCAAACUAUAGCUUUUAGAGUUAGACAGACCCUAUUACUAAAAUAUUCCAUUGCAGGAUACCCUGCAUGGUAAAAGAUUUUAUCAGCCUAGACUUGGCAACUAUUUGUUUUUACCUGGUCCACUUUUAACUCACCAAGGAACUGAUUCUAAAGGACAGCUCCCGCAGACCUGACUGAUGCAACGACUAGCUACUGUCUUGAUAUUUAGAACAUUUGAAGUUUCUUGAAACGGUUUAUUAUUGCAAUUUAUGGCAUUUUGGUUUGGACGAAAGUUUUGCUCAAAAUACGGGAAAAAAAUUGCCAGGGUGGAGCAGAACAAGACAAGAAAAGAUUAGCAGAUGGCAGUUUAUAAAUCUGUAAUGACCUGGAUGUAAAUCAGUCAGUAGUAAAAGAUUAUUCGUAUCAUGACUAGUGGGAUUUCUAGCAAAUUCCCAAAGUAACUAUGGUACGGUUUGUUGCACUAACUUUAAAAUACUGAAUACAAAUGUCUUAUAUUUCAAUUAAACUGCAUUAAACUGCACUGUAGAAGGAGGAACAUUUUCAGUUGAAUAGAAAGAGCCUGAACAGAACAGACAGCUGGUUACCUUGCUUUAAAUGUAGGUAAUCUAGUGAUUACAUUGUUUACUUUGAACGAAAAUCUAAAAAAUAAAUUGAAGCUAAUUUUUUUGGAUAGUAUGAUUUCUACAAUACUGCAAGUUGUGCAUUAGAAUGUCUGUUAUACUGACUAUUAUUUGAAAGAAAUGAAGAUGAAGUCUGAUGCAGUUUAAAAAUGGAAAAGGGUUCCCUUAAGUUAGGUUAAUUCUCUCUCUCUCCACUAGUAAUGUUGUUUGCCAGAAUCUUAGUGAGCACAAUUUGAAAGAAUAGUCCAGUUCUUCGUCAUACAACUGCCUCUAGG